AUGCGUUUCAAGGCCCACUUAAAGAACACUAACGUCUUUUACAAAUUAACCGCCUCCCUAUCAUCUCUGGGCAAGAUAUGUUGGAUGCGCCUAGAACACGAUGUGGUGCGCUUCACCAUCAUCCCAGAGCAAGGCACCCAAGUAUGGUCCCAGAUUCCAGUUGAAACCAUCUUUGACGAAGAGUCCUACGCAUUACAAUCUAACUCCGAUGGCAUCAACAUUGAAGUCAACAUCAGCAUACUGAAUCGUGCCCUCCGCUCCGCUAUGGGUGCCACACACGCCCAAUUACGUCUCACGAAGAAAGACAAAUAUCCCCUCCUAGCUCUCACGGUCCUAACAACCGAAUGGACCGAGGGCAACAUGGCCCUUGCGACGGACAAAUCAGUUCAAUCGGAUUCAACGACAGGAGAGGUGAUAGGGGGACGACGGGCCCGCGAUCGCGAAACACGGAUUACUCAGGAGAUUCCUAUUAAAAUUUUGCACGAGGGAACCGUGGAAGAUCUUCAUGAACCGCACUGUCCUGAUCCAGAUGUGCAUAUCAUUCUCCCUGGGCUUGCGCAGCUGAAAAGUAUUUCGGAUCGAUUUACUAAGAUUGCUGCUUCGGAUGCGAAGGGUGGUCAGAUGGGGGUUGUGGCGGCGGAUGCGGCUUCGACUGCUACGGGAUCUGGGGUUGCGGCGCUUUCUGCGAGUAGUGCACCCAAAUUGGAGUUGAGUGCUAAUAUGCAUGGGAAGUUGCGAUUGUCGAUUUCUACAGAUGACCUGAAGAUUGCAAGUUCUUGGUCUGGGCUUGUUAACCCGCCUCUGGAUCCGGGUCAUUUAAAUCGUGACGAGUAUUCGCAAUUACCGAGUGAGCGGAUGCGAGAGGUUGGUGAUGAUGAUGAGUCAGGGUGGGCGAGGGUGCGGAUUGAUGCGAAGGAUUGGGGUCGGGUGUUAAGUGUUGGGAGGUUGAGUCCCAAGGUGGUUGCUUGCUUCAUUAACGAUAUGGCGUUGGUUCUUUACGUCUACCUGCCUGGUAGCUGGAAUGGCGAAGAAUCCUGCCUGACUUACUACAUCAAUUCAUUUACGACAUGA